AUGGCUAGCCUCUCUGUUCCUUCCUUUGAGCAUGGUGAAGGAGAUGAUGAUUACCUCCAACAUGGAAGUGAAUGCUUUGUGAGCAAUCACCGUCACAUCCAAGAACUACAUCGUUUAUCAGCCUUCCAACAGGUGACCACAAAGGUACCGCCAUCCUUUGAUGGGCGAGGCAGUUGGUUCGCCUAUGAAGAUGCAAUCGAUGACUGGUGUGACAUCACUGAGCUAGACAAUGACAAGCGUGGACCAGCAUUGCGGAACCGUUUAGAAGGAGAAGCAGCAAUCCACAAAAGGACGAUUCCAGUAUCAGCCAACUUGGUGGCUCUCAUCUUCGUGUCCCUGUCUGAUCUUACUCAGGAUCAGAGGCAGGUGUUGACAUCACUGAUGACACACAGGAAUCGCGUGUUGGCAGAUUACCGUCUCAUCGAACUUCGUGAAGUCUACUUGGAAGUUUUCUGUACUACCAAGACUACCGUCGAUAAUCCUCUCCUCGCACCUUCAGGUCAUGGUGGUCGCAAGACCUUCUUGGUCCUUGAUGAGGGCCACAUGGACUUCUUUGGAAGCGAUGGAUACAAGUGCGAAGGAUAUUGGGUCGAGGAUGAAGAGGAUGGCACAGAAGGGUUUCUUGAAGCAGACGAUGACUCCUUCUGGGUCUACGACGACGAAA